AUGCUCGGGGAUCCUCCCCCCCUCCUCCUCUACCUCCCUCUCCGCUCUGCUCUCGCCCAAUCCCCCCCCGCCCUCCAAGGCCCCGCCGACGCCGCGGUCCAACCAGCCCUCGGCGGCGGCCGCCCCCGUGCCCUCGCACCGCCGCCCCCGCGCCAGCCGUCGAGGCCGCACCAGCCGCAGCCGAAGAAGGCCCGCCCCGAGCGCCCGGAGCCGCCGCGAAGACGGCGGAGCGUGCCAGCCCGGCGCCGACCGAAGACGGCGGGAGGUUCCGCCCGGCGCGACGACGACGGCGGAUUCGCCGGCGCGGGCCGAGCAAGCGGAGAAGAAGAAGAGCGCCCCGCCGCGCGCCGAAGAAAGAGAGAAGAGGCCGCACGCCGCGAGGCCCCCGGCCCGCCGCGUCGCCGCUAG